UCCCCUCUGGGGAGGUAGCGACGCUAAGGUCGCUGUUCUCGACGACAACUGGCCAUUCCGCUGGUCCAGCAGUGCCCCCAACUCGAGCAACAGAGCUUCACUUCGAGAAGCCGGAGAACUCCUGUCAGGCAAGUCGAUAUUAAAAUUAAACAGGUCAAGGCCUCUGGGAAAGUAAAAAGAGCAAAUUACAUGUCGGGAAUUGACGCUUUGAUAUAAAAAAUCAAUUCUGUGAAUACAAUUGCAAUUGGGUUUAUAACAAUGCCCCCCGACAGAUCAUGUUUUACGGCACUGAACCUGCCGCCAAAUUUUUCCUGCCCGGAGCGCAUGGACUAUUUUACUCUGGCUGCAGCACCUAACACUGAUUUAUGGCGCAAACCGCCGGACCGCGACACCUCGACAGCUCCCAUCUUGUUCACAUCGCUGUUGCAACCAUUCGUUAUUGCGGAAGUGACAGUCACGGCGGAUUGGGAGAUGGAAUGGGAUCAGGGCGGCCUGGUUAUAUUCGCUGGCCCAGCACCGUCCCAACAAGCACUGCCACCCUCAAAUAUUGGCCGUAAUAAUGUUAAUGAUAAUAUUACUCAUAACACACACGUCAUCCCCUCAGCCCAACUACCUCGAGAGCAAACGGCACCACCUCCAUACCCGCAGCCAACCCGGCACACUCCCUGCAAAUGGGUAAAGGCCGGUCUGGAGUUUUCCUCCGGAACCGUCAAUGCUUCCUCAGUGAGCGCUACGUCGGAUGGUGCAGAUUGGUGUCUAUCACCAUUGGCACCCGCUAACCAACCCACAACAAUCAACUCGCUGCGGAUAAAGCUCGAGCGCGUCGGCCACUCACUCUGGGUCUGGUACCAGCUGCCUUCAGCCGUCUCCCCUUAUGCAUGCACGCCUGGUGCGUUGAGUGAUACCUGGCGAAAGCUUCGCGAGGUCACCUGGUUCUUUUGGGGUGUUGAGGACAAGAGUGUCCAUGUUGGCGUAUAUGCUAGUCGUCCAUCAAAUUUUUCGAUAAGCAAUAGCGUCUGGGAAACGAGGAAUGGGAAUCGCUUCGUCCAGGGUGGGACUCCGGAGCAAGGGCAAGGGGCUGUGGCUGGCGGGAGUGGAAUCGUAAAUCGUUCCAUGGACGACGACGCGGGACCCGACGGGCUGGUUGUGGAGUUUGAGGAUCUGGAGAUCUUUUGA